UCAUGUUGCCCGCCUUCAGCCCUGUCUGUACCUGCGCUGUGUGCCCAUACCUGCUGCCCCAGCACCCCACGCCCACCUCAGCAUCUUCAUAGACUCCGUCCACCUAACACUUACCAAGCAAGACAUGGUGCCAGGCUGCAGGAAGGGCAUCAGGGCUAGAGAGGGGGGUGGCAGCUCCACCCUGAAAGGUGGGGCUAGUGGCUGGCUCCCCCCACAUAAAGAAGCCAUGUGCUGUGGGCGCUGAGAUCUCUUAACCUCUCUGAACUGUGGAUGGAUGAGCCCAGCUGUCCCUUGCACUCUUUGGCAAGAUUUACCACUCUGGGGCACUCAGGCCUCCCAUGCUCCUCCAUCUCCAGUGGGUGGGAGAGAGGCUGGAAGGGACCUUUGAGGAAGUACACCCUGACCUUCACACCCCAAGUUGUGCUGAGCCAUCACCCUCAGCCCAUGCCACCCUGUGCCCACAGGCUGCUUCGAGGAGACGCUGUGGUGGAGCUGGGUCUCAACGAUUACCUAGACAUCUUCUGCCCACACUAUGAAAGCCCAGGGCCCCCGGAGGGCCCCGAGACCUUUGCUUUGUACAUGGUGGACUGGCCUGGCUAUAAGGCCUGCCGCGCAGAGGGGACGAACGCCUUCCAGCGCUGGAAGUGCUCACUGCCCUUUGCUCCCUUUGGCCCUGUUCGGUUCUCAGAGAAGAUUCAGCGCUUCACACCCUUCUCCUUGGGCUUCGAGUUCCUGCCUGGAGAGACUUACUACUACAUCUCUGUGCCAACUCCCGAAAGUCCUGGCCAGUGCUUGAGGCUCCAGGUGUCUGUGUGCUGCAAGGAGGGCAAGUCGGAGUCAGCCCAUCCCGUUGGGAGCCCUGGAGAGAGUGGCACAUCAGGGUGGCGAGGGGGACAUGCUCCCAGCCCCCUCUGUCUCUUGCUGCUGUUGCUGCUCCCCAUCCUCCGUCUCCUUCGAGUUCUGUGAGCCCCGUGGAGCCAGAGCCCUCCCAAGGCCCUCGGGGGCGGGUCCCUGCCACCUGCACUGGGGAUGCCAAGCCAGACAGACACAAUGGAGCAUUGAUGGAGAAAGUCAGAGGGUCUGAGGUGACCCCUGUGGCAUGGGUGGGGCUGCCACCUGAGUUUGCCCACUAGUCACAGCUGGAGAAGAGCUGCAAAGGAGCUGCAGACAGCCCUGGGCACCCCAGAGGAGAGCGGGGACAAACAGGCCUCAUCAGCUGCCUUGAGGAUUCUCUCCCUCCAUGAGAAGACUGGGAUUUAGUGGGAUGGAACCCUUGAGCCACCAGGGCCAAGGCAGAAGACCUGGGGACAGGUGGACUGCCGGCCCAGGGCAAAGGAAGAGCCCUGCUCUCUGUGCCCUUUAGGCUUCUUCCCUGGGGCAGCACCUUGCCGUCCCCAGGGGGUCACUCACUUGUCUUCCGUGAAGACGGACUUGUCAUGAGGUUGAAUUUCAUGCCAGUUUGUAUUUUUAUAAAGUGUCUGGACCAAGCCUUCAAUAAAGCACCCAUCUUUCUGUUGCCCUCCCUAA